GAUGAGGAUAGCGUCGCCCCCAAAAUCACCAGAAGUCGCUCAAAAACCAAACUGGAAGACUCUGGGUUUCAAGAUUUCAAGAAGCCGUUGGGCGUGAAAAAGAAAGGAUCGCCUUCAAUCAAAGACAUGCGCAAAUCUUUCAGCCUCAAAACGACUAAAGUCACGACGUUAAAGAGGAGCAAGCGGCUGCAAGCGCAAAGUAAAGAAGUCGAUACAGAAAAAGGCAAGCGCGAGAAGAAGGUGUCGAUCAAUAACAAGCCCGACCUGGCCAAUAGUACAAAGAUGCCGGAAAAAACCAAGUCCGGUUGUAUCAAUCCUUACCCAGAGUUUGACAACUUCUACCGAAUCAAGAAGAUCACUGAUCAUUCGAUUGACAACUUGAAAAUCAGCUCUUUGACGUUCGAUGACGUAUUCGAUAAAGCUUUUUUUAAUCGGAUAAAAUGCAAUAUCGAGGAGAAUUUGUUACAUCAUAUUGAUGGAAAACUAUUCAAGAACGAGGAAUCCGAGAACCGUAUAUCGAAUUUCGAAAAAGUCUCACCAGUUGCUCAAACCCUUCAAAAUUCGACAUCCGAGAACUACGGAUGCGAGUUGUCGUUAAACGCUGUCACCCCAGUGGCGGCGCUCUCGUUGAAUUCGCAGUUUGGUGAAGAUUUUGAAUCGCAGAUCGAGUACGGCUCGAAGCCGUCUAAGAAGAAGGCGCCCAUCAAAAAUGACGAGAUCCAUUACAAGUACUUCACUCGGCGCAAAUACCAAGCGAGCAUAUUAAGGCAGAAGGAAAACCGCGAUCUUAGCAAACUGGACAUGUGGACCCAGUUAGUGAUCAAAGAACGGCAGCAGAAGAUGAUCAAUGAGAAAAAAUCGUCAAAGGAAAUGCAGGAGUAUACGGAGGGUGACGAGUACAAAAGUAAAAUCAAACGCGAGGAACUCAACAGGAUCUUGGACAGGCGGGGUCCCUUCGAAGAUCUGAAAGAGGAGGUGUGCAAGCGGGCGGCGUUUGAUAAACUAAACUCCUCCUCCGACUGCUACAUAAGCGAGGAAAUCUUCUCUGUUGUCCGGGAAGUGCUCAAUGAUCUCUUAAAAAGAACGUUCGAGGGUAUCGAAGAUGACCACCCUCUGCCGCUGACGAGUGUGGAGAAACAAAUUGACCGCAGAGAUAUUCCGGCCUAUUUAAACCUCCGUCAAACGUCCCUUCUUCCGAGCGAAGGAGACAUAGACAGGUCGGACAGAAUAGCGUUGAUAUGCUCGUCACAGGAGACCGAAAAUUUCGAACUGCCAACGAACAAGGCGCGCGGUAAAGACGAACUAGUCGAGCUAACGGGCGAAUGGGCGAGAUCUCGUAUCUAUAUCUGCGGAGCGUGCGCCCGCAGAUUUCCUAACCUCAAAUAUCUACUCGAGCACAAGAGCGUCCAUCAUCAGAACGUGUGGGUGCAACAUUACGAGUUCGUGGGGAAUCAAAGCGAACUGUAUCGCCAUUUGAGUAUUCCGGUGUUGGGAAAAGUGGGCGUGGUCGAGGAUACGGUGCAAUGCAAGCAGUGGAAACGGAGCGAGGCCAGAACAUGUACGAAGUGCGGGAAACGGUGCAAUUCUUUGGGUGAACUUCAUCGGCACGUGUUGGAGUGCGCGGGAGAUUGGACUUGGCUAUUGGCGCGACGAAAGUGCAAGUAUAAACCGUUCGGUGCGAAGUCGCGUCGGAAACGGAAAGGAUUGGUUACCCAACUUCACCGCAAGCAAAAGACUGAGCCUUCGGAAAAGAAGAUUUACAAAAAAUCUUUCGACGGCCCUCGGCCAAGGCCAAGUGAUGGUAAGAAAUGUUUGAAUUUUAUACAUAUGUUGUGGGGUUAUGUUAAGGCGAGG